AAACUAGAAGCUCACCACUUGAUUCGAAAGUCAUGGCAGAACCUGCUAAACUCGAAAUCAAUGACUUGCUUAUUGAGGAUGAAGAUUAUUGUUCUCAGCCCCAGAGGAUGCGACAUCCCUCUAUAUUUUCAAGUGAUAAUUACAUUACUUUACCCAACAUGCCAGAUAAUGUAUUUGUCCAUGAAGCCGAAGUUCAAACCCCUCUAUCGCCAAGAACAAAAAUAUCUGAACAGAAAAUUGGGAUUAUCAAUUCAGGAUAUAUGCCAGACAUGGAAGAAAAGCAUUCUACUGAUGCAGGCUCCCCGCGGAGAUCAAGAAAGAAGUGUACCGAGAACUGUGAAGUGCUACUAUGCCGUUCCAGCCGUUUUCAACAUGAAGAAGGCCCAGAAAGAGGGAACUGAUAAGCUAGUCUCAUAUUCCGUCAAAACUGGUUUACCUGUGUCUAUGGCAGAUAAAAAAUCCACACAAAUUCAACUUCAGAACACAAUUCCCACCAUUAAUAUCGAGACUCCUGUUGCAACCUCGAAAUCAUCUGUUAUUUAUUGGAAGGAUUCUACUAGUUCCGAAUCUCUUCACACUGAAGAAGAAUCAUGGAAUGGUAUCGACAAGACUUCUUUAAUUGGUCGUAAUAUUCAACAACUGGUGCAAGCCUUUGCUGAGCGGGCUCGCCGUGUGAAGGAGAUCAUUGCCCAACCACCUUCUCGAUCCCCAACUCCCCCUUCUAGACAAAUUCAGAAAGAAAAGGAACAAGAUCAUCCACGCUUAGAGUCUUUAAUUCAAUCUGAUGACUUACCUGCUGCUAAUGACUGGAUGGAAGAAGAAAAAGGACUUUGGUGCUUUAGGCUUUCCAGGCAGAUAAUUCCUACUGUUCCACAGGUUUUAGACCCACAAAGUAAGACUUACAUCACCUGGCUGUUCAUUGUAACCCUGUGUUAUGUUUACAAUGCCUGGUCCCUCUUUUUACGGGCCAUAUUUUCGUACCAAACAUCAGAAAAUCUUUCAAUUUUCCUGGGAUUUGAUUACUUUAGCGAUGCAGUUUACCUCAUUGAUAUCAUUGUAUUUAAAGUUCGAGUGAAGUUUCUUCAUGAGGGAUUCUGGGUGGAAAAUUUAGCUGAUACAAGAAAGAACUAUAUGAAGAAAACAAUGUUUAAGGCAAGUUUCUUCAAUUUUUGUUACAUACAAAUAAAAUUGGAUACAGUAUUAUGUUUUAGAACAUUUCCAGCAUCUAAUGGUUCAUGCAAAG